AUGGUGGAUUCGCCGCCGCCGAGCAUGGGGGAGUCACCGCCGCCGCAAGCAGACCUCGCCCACAUAGACAGAAGCUGGAUUAGAAAAGGAGUUAGAAAGUUUUUGAAAGAACAUAUGAAAGGAGUUGAUGAUUUCAUGGCAUUUGUUCGAGCAAAUUUUGCCAACGAUGCUCACAUUCGUUGCCCAUGCUGCGAAUGCCUCAACCGUUCAAGAAUGGCUCAAGGAAGAGUGGAAGAUCAUCUGCUUCUUAAUGGGAUGUCCAGCACAUAUGAUAGGUGGAUAUAUCAUGGAGAACCUUUAGACAGACAACCUCAACAUUUUGAAGCUGAUACAGAGGCCCCUCAUAUGAUGGGUGGUGGUGAUGCUGGCAUUGAUUUCAUGGAAAAGGUUUUGCGAGAUAAUGCUGGUUUGGAGGAAGAGGAUGGGCAUGAAGAUGAUAGGAUUCCUGACCUAUUGAAGGAUUUGUACGAUGCUGAAGAUCGUGCUGAUGGACAGAAGUCAUUGUUUGCUGAGGUGUUAGAGGAGGCGAAGCGCGCAGCUCAUGAAGGGGGUAAAUUUUCAAGAUUUACCUUCACCGUGAAGUUACUCCACAUCAAGUCUUUCUUCCAAAUUAGCAAUGCUGCAUUCAACGCAAUACUCUGCCUUUUGAGCUUGCAAUUCCCUGAUAGUUGUGUUUUUUCCAGAUCUUAUGAUGAAGCAUUGAGCAUAAUCCGCAGGCUGGGGUUAGGUUAUGUGUCAAUACAUGUGUGCCCAAAUAUCUGUGUCUUGUUUCGAAAGGAUUUAGCAAAGCAUGACAACUGUCCAAAAUGGAAUGCCUCUAGGUGGAAAGAUGCUGAUGGGAAGAAGUCAAUACCGGAGAAGGUACUGAGGCACUUUCCGUUGAUACCAAGGCUGCAGCGGAUGUUCAUCUCGAAGAAAUCAUCGCGUGAGGUACAGUGGCACAAGCUGAAGCGGCAACCUGUGGACAAUGAGCUGAGCCAUCCAGCGGACGGAGAGGCAUGGAAAGAGUUUGACUGUAUACAUUUAGAUUUUGCUGCAGAUCAAAGGAACAUAAAACUUGGCAUUGCCACAGAUGGGUUUAAUCCGUUUGGGAACAUGAGCACGUCUUAUAGCAUGUGGCCAGUUUUUGUGCUGCCGUACAACCUGCCACCAUGGGCAUGCAUGGAUCAGUCCAACUUCAUGAUGUCAUUUCUUAUCCCGGGUCCAGAUUCUCCAGGAAAGGAUUUUGAUGUCUUUAUGGAGCCCCUCGUAGAAGAAUUGCUCCAGCUCUGGACUGGUGUACCUACAUACGAUGCCUUGAGUCCGGAAGAAAAGUUCAAUCUACGUGCUGCAAUCAUAUGGUCCAUCCAUGAUUUCCCGGCUCUGCACACUCUGUCUGGGAGGAUCACAGCGGGUUAUAAGGCAUGUGUCCAUUGUGACAAAGACCCUUGCUCAAAGAGAAUAAGGAGCAAGAUCUGCUAUAUUGGGCAUCGCCGCUUUCUUCCCCGAAACCAUCGCUGGCGAAGAAGCAAAGAUUUUAAUGGUGAGAAUGAAACCCGUGACAAGCCAGCUGAAUUCACUAAAGAAGAGCUGGAGCAACAACUUGAAAAGGUGAAAGAUGUGAGACCAGGAAAGCUUGCGAAGAAAAGAAAGCGUGAGGAAGGUCAAUGUAGGGACCGGAGGUCUUGUUUGUGGGACCUGCCAUACUGGGCUGAUAUGAAAUUAAGGCAUAAUCUCGAUGUAAUGCAUGUUGAGAAAAACAUAUGCGAGAAUCUGCUAAGGACGUUUCUGAACAUUGAAGGGAAAACAAAGGACACGGUUAGUUCUAGGCUUGAUUUGGAGGACAUGGGCAUAAGAGAAGAUUUGCAUCUACAGCACAAUGAAGAUGAAGAUUCAUUUGAAAUGCCACGAGGAUGGUAUACAAUGAGUAAAGAACAAAAGCUUGCAUUCUGUGAAUUCCUAAGAGCGGUGAAAUUUCUAGAUGGUUAUGCUGCUAACCUAGCAAAGUGUGUUACUUCUGAUGGAUUCAAGCUUUCAGUACUGAAAACCCAUGAUUGUCACAUCCUCCUCCAAAGGAUUUUACCGGCGGGCCUCCGAGGAAUCAUGGACAAGGAUAUAUAUGAAGCGGUUGCUGAGCUGGGAAAUUUCUUUAGAGAACUAUACUUUUGCGAUGUGGAAACAAGAUGGAACCGACUGGGCAGAAAUAGAGAGCAGUCUGAUUCGCAAAGUGGUGAUGUCUCUGUUUUCAACCAUGGUGUGAACUUUCUUGGAGCCUCACAAUACUUGGAGGCUGGUGAUGAGUAUGACAAGUUGGUUUGGUAUGUGCUCAGCAAUUGCGCCGAGGUUCUACCAUAUAUCGAGAAAUGCAAGGGAGAGUUAAAUCAGGAAGAAAGCAAGAUCAAUGUUGAUAAAAGGGUUGCCAAGGGGUUUGCUAUUUGGUUUAGGAAUCAUAUUGGAAAGUUGCAUGAGGAGAAGAAGGUCAAUGAUGAUCUAUUUGCUUUGGCAUGCUUACCAGAUAAGCGAAGAAGUGAGAUGGCUGGCUUGGAAGGUUUCGACUUCUUCGAGAUCGUAAUUGAGAAAUCUUGCAGUAGGCAGUGCUUGAUUGGCACAAUUAACCACUGCUUGACCCUCGCUGCAGAGGCUGCCUGA